AUGCACGGGCAUGCGCACCACAACCAUGCACGCAAUGUGGAGGAAUUAGAGGAGCGAGGAAGUGUUGAGGAACGAGGAGUCCUCGAGGAACGAGGAGUCCUCGAGGAGCGAGGCGAUGUCGUGAUCGUUUACAAGACCAUGGAACCGGACUUUGAAGGGGAGGUGGGAGGUUAUGUAACUGGCACCCAACAUGACACUGCGACAAAACCCCACGCCGGUCUUGGUGAUCCUGUCAGCGCGCCUACCAGAACCACAACCGAGUCUGAUGAGGAGACCACGACCAAGAAGGAGAAACCAACCACCACCAAAGAGACCGUGGCCCAUACCACUCAUGAAACUAAAGAGACCACCGAGACGACCAAGGCCGAAACGACCCACAAGAAAGCAACCACAACCAGUGAGUCGGAGGCUUCGAUGACAACAACCUCCUUUGUGACUUCGGCAUCGUCCGCCUCGGAAUCCUCCCGGGAUGUCAACAAUCUCCUCGCAACUUCCACCGCAUCGGCCUCGACCACUGCUAUUCCAACUACUGCUUCUGGAGGAAUGACUGGUGGCGCCAAGGCUGGUGUGGCCAUCGGUGUCAUCUUUGGCGUUGGUGUGAUUGCUGCCUUGAUCUUCUUCUUUAUGCGCAAGAAGAAGAGAAGCCAGGAAGGAUAUCAGAAGGAGAAUGAGAAGACCUUCGGUGUCGAAGGCCUGCCAGAGGGUAUCGCUGCUUCUUUCCCACCUCCUCCCCCUUCCAAGCCGCAGACUUCGGCACCCCCGCAGCUUAAUGUUCGUCCCGUCACUCAAUUCGCGCCUGAUCUGAGCGGCAGCGGUGCCUUGAACCCGGCCACCGCCAAUGCUUCCGGGGGCUUGAGCCCAGCCACCGCUGUUGUAGGUGCUGCAGCUGGAGCUGGCUCAGUCGCCGUCGCCUCUCGUAAUCUCACUGGCGAAUCGCCGCCUCCUACUCCGCCCAAGUCCGGUGAAGGUAACUCCGACCCAUUCAGUGACCCUGUGAAUCCUUUCAACGCAACCACCAGCCCUGUUACCCAGAACGCGCCUUCCGUUACUGAAUCAGCCACCGGACCGUCUGGAUCGACCGUCGCAGCUGCCGCGGUCGGCUCCGCAGCCGUGGGUAUUGCAUCAGGUGCUGCUGCUUCAUCUCGAGCAUCCAAUGAUUCCUACCACUCCGCCAAAUCACACGGUCAUUCCCCCACUGGCUCGACCCAAUCCGCGAGCAUCCCUGGCGAUGCUGCCGCUGGCUCGGCUGUUGCUGCCGGCGCCGCUGUUGUAGGAGCUGCUGGCGCAGCAGGCGCCAUGCCCGCUGGGCCACCACCCCCUAACAAUGUUUACCGUGUGCAAUUGGAUUUCAACCCCUCUAUGGAGGAUGAGCUCGGCCUUCGCUCAGGAGCGCUUGUGCGCUUGGUGCAUGAGUACGAUGAUGGAUGGGCUCUCUGUAUGCGUCUUAAUGGCUCUCAGCAAGGAGUCGCACCGCGUUCUUGCCUAUCUGCUCGCCCUGUGAUGCCUCGCUCCCGCCCACCCCCAGGCCCUCCCGGCUCUCGCGGCCCGCCCAUCAUGGGCCCUGACGGUCGCCCAAUGAUGCAUGGAGGUCCGCCCGGUCCAAGAUUCUAUCCUCAGGAUGGCCGUCCUAGAUCCCCCGGUAACUCUGGCGUCUCCGGACCUCCGCCUUCGCGCCCUUACCCUGGUCCCGGAUCUGCUGUCCAGUUCCCCCCAGUUCCCCGUUCUAUGUCUCCAGGGCCUGGUGGUAUGCCUGGCCCUCGCUCCAUGUCUCCGGGACCAGGACGACCGGGUCCUCGCUCAAUGUCUCCUGGACCUGGCGGUAUGCCUCGCUCCAUGUCUCCGGGACCAGGGCGUCCGGGCCCUCGCUCGAUGUCUCCUGGACCUCGCGGAAUGCCCGGCCCGCGCUCGAUGAGCCCUGGUCCAUAUGGACCCCCCGGAGUGCAGCGCCCUGUAAUGCCUGUCAACCAACGCCAACGCAGCAAUAGUGCCAGCGGCAACGCUGUUCCUCCCAUAGCAGUACCGGCUGCGCCUCCAGUUUCCAGCCCGUUAGCUGCUCCCGUUCCUGCCCCUGCCCCUGCCCCUGUUGCGCUGCAGGUUUCGAAUCCGCUAGCCGCUGCUGCUCCCACUGCGCCACAGGUUUCGAGUCCAUUAGCCACUCCUGAUUCUGCCCAUGUGGCUCCCGCUGCGACACAAGUUCCAAGUCCAUUGGCUGCUCCUGCUCCUGCCCCUGCCCCUGCCCCUGCCCCUGUCCCUGUCCCUGUCCCGGCUCCUGCUCCGGCUCCCGCUGCACCGGAAGUCCCGAGUACACCAGCCGCUCCUGUGCCUGCUUCCGCUGAGUUGCCGAUGCCAAGCCCCUUAGUCGCUCCUACUCCUGCUCCCACCACCGAGCUUCCAGCCCUCCUGAGUUCCCCGCCGACUUCUCCGUCCGGCUCCAUCUCGCGGAAGCCCGUCCCCACUCGGGACGCUUAA